AUGUCCGACUACCAGACUAGGAUCAUUGGCGCCGCCAACACUCUUGAGCACCGAGUGUUCAUUGAAAACAAGGAGGGCAAGGUCGUGUCUCCCUUCCACGACAUCCCCCUCUUCGCCGAUGAGGCCAAGACCAUCCUCAACAUGAUCGUCGAGGUUCCCCGAUGGACCAACGCCAAGAUGGAAGUCUCCAAGGAGGAGGCUUUCAACCCCAUCAAGCAGGACAUCAAGAAGGGCAAGCUCCGAUACGUCCGAAACUGCUUCCCCCACCACGGCUACAUCUGGAACUACGGUGCCUUCCCCCAAACCUGGGAAGACCCCAACGUCUCCCACGCCGAGACCGGCGCCAACGGCGACAACGACCCCCUCGACGUCUGCGAGAUCGGCGAGGCCGUCGGCUACGUCGGCCAGGUCAAGCAAGUCAAGGUCCUCGGCAUCAUGGCCCUCCUCGACGAGGGCGAGACCGACUGGAAGGUGCUCGUCGUCGACGUCAACGACCCCCUCGCGGCCAGGCUGAACGAUGUGGAGGAUGUGGAGAGGCACUUGCCCGGCUUGAUCCGCGCGACGAACGAGUGGUUCAGGAUUUACAAAAUCCCCGAUGGUAAGCCCGAGAAUGUGUUUGCCUUCUCGGGUGAGGCGAAGAGCAAGAAGUAUGCGGUGGAGAUCAUUCAUGAGUGUCAUGAGGCUUGGAGGAAGUUGGUGCACGGUGAGACUGCUGCGUCUACCGAUGCUUACAACCUUUCCAUCGCCAACACCACCGUGAAGGGCUCCAAGGGUGUCAUCUCUACCUCUGACGCCGCUUACACCUCUAUCCCCGCCGACUCCCGAAAGCCUGCCGCUCCCAUAGACCCCUCUAUCGACAAGUCUUUCUUCAUCUCCUCCGCCUCCGCCUGA